AUGAUCAGUGCUACGAGGCGCUGGUUUCGGCGCAAUCGCAAAACCCUCGCAAUCGGUACAGGCGUUAUCGGAGUAGGCUAUCUUGCAGGACAAUAUGUACUGUCUAAGAUUUCGGAAGCACGAGAACGCAUGAGCAGUGACCGUAUUGCCAGAGAGAACUUACGACGACGAUUUGAGCAGAACCAGACCGAUUGUACAUAUACCGUGCUAGCUUUGCUGCCGACUGCGGCAGAGGACAUCUUAGAAGCUCUCCCGGUGGAGGAGUUGACGAAGGAGCUACAGAAGAAACGCGCGGAGCGGCUGGCCCGUCUUAAUGCCGGGGAAGGGACAACGACGGGGUCGGACAUGAGCUCUGUAACCCCCAGUCUGCCCGAAGAUGAUAGAAAAAGCCUGUCAAGUGAUUCUUUCCUGCGCACCAGCCAACUCGGCGAUUCGACUGUUGAAGGAGAUCCAUCCUCCCAGCCGAAGCGGAACAAGACCCAGCUUUGGAACGAGGUCAAGAUUACCUCGACUACUCGAGCAUUCACCCUCAUCUAUACCCUAUCGUUGUUGACUAUCUUCACACGCGUCCAACUCAACCUACUUGGCCGCCGGAACUACCUUUCGAGCGUGAUUUCUCUAGCCACACCCCCCGCCGACUCUUCAACGAUCAGGCUAGAGGACCACGAUGAUGAUCUUACGCAGACUUUGGGAAAUGAUUUCGAGACUAACCGACGGUAUCUCGCCUUUAGCUGGUGGCUGCUGCACCGUGGCUGGAAACUAUUGAUGGAGGAGGUUCAGACGGCAGUGGAGGAGGUGUUUGGUUCUCUUAACCCACGGGACGAUAUUUCGUUUGAGAAAUUAUCAGAAUUGACUCUCCAGGUCCGAAAGAGGGUUGAAGGCGACACCGAGGAAGACAGGAAGCACCGAAAGUGGUUGUCCUAUUUGCUUCCUCCACGUGAAGAAGAAGAUAACCUGCUUGAGGAAUCUGGCGUCCUCGGGGUUACAGAAGCUGCCACGCCCCAGACCGCGGCGACGUUGCGACACCUCCUCGAUGAGACAGCCGACCUAAUCGAUUCCCCAACAUUUACUCGUGUUCAGAUGCUUCUGAACAAUGAAUCCUUCGAAACUUUGAUCCAGCAGUGCAAGGCGGAUGCGUUCAAACCCGCUGGGCCUGUGACAGCACCCCAAUCUUUUACAUCUGUUGGUACAGUUGUUCCACCCUGGCAGGAUUCCGAACUGAAGACGAAGCUGGCGAAUGUCCUCGCGGUGCUUGCUCGGCAAGCACAUGUUAUUGGCAACGGAGCAUCUCCUCCAAAUCUAUACGUGACCGCAAUGGACCAAGGCGUUCGGGAGUUGGAAGCGUUCGCGGCAGUGGUGUACAGUUCAAACUUUGACUCCGAGCUUCUGGGUGCUGGAUCAGGAUCUGGUUCUUCUGGUGGGGCGGGCACAGCGCCAGACUCCGCUUCUUCUUCCCCUGUAAUUGUUUCCCAGGACGACAGCGAGCUCGAUCAUGACCGGGUUGCUAAGGGGCCUUCAGCGGUACCGAGAUCUGAUAAUAAUGAUUUGGAGAAGGCAUGGGGAAGGGCUGUUGAGGAACAGCCGGGCAGUGGACCUGCUGCAUAG